UUUUUUGUUCUUCUUGUUUUAAGACGACUAAAGGUAAGGCCUUUUGAAUCCCUCUCUCGUUAAUUCUUUUGAGAACUUGCUUGGCUGAUGAAUAAUUAGCAGGAACUCCUGCUUAUUUUGAUUUCAUCGUUUAAAUGCGUUGCUUCAGUUAACCGCUGCUUAUUUGAAAUGGGAUGCUUUAGAAACAGUAGAGAAGAUCAACCGUCGGUGAUUUGUAUACCUAUUUGCUUAUAGGCUGUAUAAAUUGAUGAAUACCUUUAAAAAUCAAACUAAUCCCAUGAACCUAGUGUAAUUUUAUUUAAAGCCAUGGGGCGUGCACCCUCUCUUUAGUCUUUACUGCUCAUAGAUUGGACCGGUCGUGUAUCUCAAACCGACGUUUGGUUCGCAGAUUAGAGUCAUGUUAAUCCAGAUACAAUUAUGAAGAAAGUUGGUUCUAUCAUAAAACCAAUUGGCAACAUGAGUAGUCUAACUUUUUAUAAGCCUUGAAAGUUUCUCUUUUCAUCGAUGUGGGACUCUUUUACCUUCACUCCUCACACCCCCAUCACGUUCAACAAAAUUUUCAAGUCAAACAUUUAAGCAACAUCAAUUGGGUGAGGUGUGGCCAUUAGAAUUCACAUAUGGGCCAACCUGUUCUGAUAGUAUGAAGAAAGUUGAUGUUCCACCACAAAACUAAUUGGCAAUAUUGGAAGUAGUCCAACCUCUUAUAAGCCCUUACAAGGUUUCUUUUUUCACCGAGUCUCUUACCUUCACUACUCCCACAUUCCCAUGUGAUACCAAAAUUACCAAUAUAAUGCAUUUAAUGGAAGAGUAUUACUGGAAAACUUACAAAUUUUGGUUCACAUGACAAUGUAAACCAAACAUGAGAAUGGAAGAAAACGGUAUUUCAUGGCCCUAUUUCCCAGCAUUUCCAAACACAGGACAGGAAGCUUCAUUCCCACCAAGAUUCCUGAGUUGAGAAUGAGUGGAAAAGAAGGCCACGCAAUUGGAAUCGAUCUGGGGACAACAUAUUCAUGUGUAGCAGUGUGGCGUUAUGAUCACAUUGAAAUCAUAGUGAAUGGUCAGGGCAACAGAACAACUCCGUCUUAUGUUGCUUUCACUGAUACUGAAAGGUUAAUCGGUGAUGCAGCAUAUAACCAGGUCAUUAGAAACCCCUCAAAUUCAAUCUUUGAUGCAAAGCGAUUAAUUGGAAGGAGAUUUGGUGACGCUUCUGUUCAAAAUGAUUUGAAGCUCUGGCCAUUCAAGGUCACUGAAGGUCCUGAUCACAAGCCCAUGAUUGUGGUUACCCACAAGGGUCAAGAGAAACAGUUUGCUGCUGAAGAAAUCUCAUCUAUGGUUCUCACAAAGAUGCGGGAGAUUGCUGAGGCCUACCUCGGCUCAAGUGUGAAGAAAGCAGUUAUUACUGUCCCUGCUUACUUUACUGACUCACAACGUCAGGCUACAAAAUGUGCUGGUGUGACUGCUGGCUUAGAGGUGAUGCGAAUCAUCAACGAACCAACUGCAGCCGCCAUUGCUUAUGGAAUUGACAAUAAGGCUGGUUGGUAUAGCAAGAGAAAUGUUAUGAUAUUUGACUUGGGUGGUGGUACUUUAGAUGUGUCACUGCUUACCAUAAGUUCUGGUGACUUUGAAGUGAAGGCGACAGCUGGAAAUACUCACCUUGGUGGUGAAGACUUUGAUAACAAUAUGGUGAAUUACUGUGUUGAGAAGUUUAAGAAGAAGCAUAGUUUGGACGUCAGUGGAAACCCUAGAGCUCUUAGGAGGUUAAAAAAUGAAUGUGAGAAGGCGAAGAGGAGACUUUCGUUUACGUCCGUGACAGAUAUUGAAAUUGACUGUUUGUAUCGUGGUGUUGAUUUUUACACAACUUUUACCUGUGCAAAAUUUGAACAACUAAACAUGGAUUUCUUCAACAAGUGCAUGGAGCCUGUGGAUAAAUGUUUGAAGGAUGCCAAAAUGGACACAAGCAAUGUCGAUGAUGUUGUUCUUGUUGGUGGCUCCUCUAGAAUUCCCAAGGUGCAGGAGCUAUUACAGAACGUGUUCAUCGGCAAGGAGCUGUCCAACGGCAUUAAUCCGGAUGAGGCUGUGGCAUAUGGUGCUGCUGUUCAAGCUGCUGUCUUGAAUGGUAAUCAAAGUUUGAAGCUUCAAGACUUCACUCUCUUCGAUGUUAUUCCUAUGUCACUUGGGACAGAAUAUCGUGAAGAAGGACAGCUCAAUGACCUCAUGCAUGUCAUGAUUCCUAGAAACACCAAGAUUCCCACCAAGAAGAACCAUACUUUUGUAACUGGUCACGACAACCAAAGUUCUGUCCGCUGUGGAGUUUACGAGGGUGAGAAUGAGCUAACCAAAGAUAAUAAUUAUUUGGGUGGCUUUGUCAUCGAUGACAUUCCUCCAGCUCCUAAGGGUGUUGCUAAAGUAGAUGUUUAUUUUUCAAUUGAUGCAAAUGGUAUCCUGAAUGUUUCUGCUGAGGUCAUGUCCACUGGCCAGAAGAAGGAGAUUACAAUCAAAAGAUGAACUUCGGGAAUUUACAGGAUGAAAUGAAGGAUGGAGAUUAUAAUAUUCGUACUCGACAUGGUUUCCUACCGUCCCUUUUGCUUUUCGUGAAAGACAGCUGUGGCAGUACUGGAGAUUAUCUUGCUUCUGCUAAUGGUCUUUCCCACAUUGGAUUGCUGUGGUGAAUGAAGUAUCCAUUUUCUUCAAAUUCUGAGCGUGCUCGAGUAUAUACUUCGCCAACUCUAUUUCAUUUUCCCCCUUGGAAAGCUCUGUAGUUGCCUCCUUGAGUUGAUGAAGAAAAGCAAGUUUCUGGGAUUUCAAGUAUCCGAUAUCAAAUGCGGAGGCCUAGAAAGGAAACAAUGAAAUCAAUUGAAUUCUUUAUUUAUUUUUUUAUUUUUUUCAGAUACGAUGAGGAGAAGUUAGAAAUGGUUUAUUCAACUCCUGAUUGAUGCAAGAAAUUUCGAAAAUCGUAAAAUGUGCUUCAUGAGUGUGUGCAAGAGAGAGUGAUAGAGGCGCAACAUACGUACAGUAAUAUCAUUUUCUUCCGCUUCGGAACCGUUUAAGGAAGAUCUACCAGUCUGUCUUUUGGUACUUGGUGGAUCAGAUGUUAUGCACAAAGUAUUCAAAAUAGUCAUUCAUCUCCGAAGAGGUUACAUUGACGAGACUAGGUCCUCGUUCAAGCUCGUAAUUUGCGUACCCGAUCUAAUGGGAAAUAUAGGACUAUUCACCCAUCCAUUUUUACUUCCAACAUCCUUUUUAAAUUUUUAGUCAUUGAUUUUCUUCAAUU